ACAACAACUUUAUGCUUCUUUUUUUUUUCUUUUUGAUUUUGUCCAAUUUUUGGGUCCAAAAUGAAAAAAAACAAACAAACUUUCUUUUAUUAUUCACAGCACCCUUCAUCCAUCUAAACACCAAACCAGAAAAAUAAACUUCAAACAAACCAUUUUCCUCUCUUUCUUUCCUUCCACAUUACAUCAAAAUUUUCCCAGAAAAGUAUAUAUAUAUAUAUAUAAGGAAGGAAAUUAGAGAACAAAGCAAAACCAAAUCCUUAAACAGAUCAAAUCACACCAAAUUCCUCUCUCUCAUUACCACAAAAACAUUGAAAAUUUUAAAUCAAACUAUAAAAAAAAAAAAAUGAAAACUUUAUCAAAAUCAAAACUUUUUAAAAGGGUUGAAUCAAUCUGUUAUUGUUAACAUAUUUUGUACAAAAUCUUGAAUUAUUUAAAAAAAAAAAGAAGUAAGAGGGCAAUAUUUAUAGAGGAGGAAAGAACAUUGCCCUCUGUUCUAUUAUUAAAGCCUCCUCUUUUUUUUUUUUUUUAGAUCUUUCUAAUCAAAUUGUUGAUUUGGGUAUUUUUUAUUUUUCCAUUUUAUUAUUGGGUUGUUGUUUUCUUGAUCAUCUAAGGAUCUGUUUGGCUUUGAUUGAAUCUGAUAAUAUUUGAUCAGUUUUCCAGAUUCUUGAGGCUGUCAUUAUACUUCAUAGUAAAGGAAAAUGCAAGUUGAUCUUGGUAAGUUAUUUGUUGGCGGGAUUUCAUGGGACACAAAUGAAGAACGAUUAAAGGAGUAUUUUAGUAGUUAUGGGGAGGUUGUAGAAGCUGUAAUUAUGAAGGAUAGGACUACUGGCCGUGCUCGUGGUUUCGGUUUUGUGGUCUUUGCUGAUCCUGCUGCUGCUGAGAGGGUAGUUAAGGAGAAACACAACAUUGAUGGCAGGAUGGUAGAAGCAAAGAGGGCAGUUCCACGGGAUGACCAGAGCACGACAAGUAGAAGCAGUAAUAGUAUUCACGGUUCUCCUAGUCCUGGUCCAGGACCAGCACGUACAAGAAAGAUUUUUGUUGGAGGUUUAGCAUCCACUGUUACCGAGGCUGACUUUAAGAGUUAUUUCGAACAAUUCGGAACAAUCACAGAUGCAGUAGUUAUGUAUGAUCAUAACACUCAAAGGCCUAGAGGAUUUGGAUUCAUCACUUAUGAUUCAGAGGAUGCAGUGGAUAGAGUCUUGCUCAAGAGUUUCCAUGAGCUGAAUGAUAAAAUGGUUGAGGUCAAGCGAGCUGUCCCCAAAGAGUUAUCCCCGGGUCCUAGCCAAAGCCCACUUGGUCGGUACAACUAUGGAUUAAAUAGGAUGAAUAACAUCCUUGAUGGCUACGCACAGGGAUACUCUUCAGGUACAAUUGGAGGAUAUGGAGUCGGGAUGGAUGGUAGAUUUAGCCAAAUCGCUGGGGGUAGAAGUGUCCUUUCUCCAUUUGUUUCUGGUUAUGGCGUGGUUCCAGGCCUGAGCCCAGGAUAUGGGGGAAGUGCAAAUGUUAACAGUAGUUUAAGCUAUGGACGGGGACUAAAUCCAUAUCAUAGCUCAAACAGGCUUGGUGGUGGCAUUGGGUUUGAUGUCCGAAACGGAGGGGACACAUCAUUCUUAAACUCCGCAAAUCGCAAUUUAUGGAGUGACGGAGGACUUCGUCAUGGAACGAGCUCCACAAGCUCUAACAUUGGAGGAGGAAACUUUAGCAACAGCGGAGUUUGGGGUUCAUCAAUUUCCUCUCAAGGCAUUGGAGGAAAUGUUUCUAACAAAAGUGGAAAUCUUGGUUAUGUGAAUGGUGACAUUGUAUACGGGUUGGCUGGAGGCUAUGGAAGAAAUGUCACAAAAAGUGGGACCGCUAUGUCAUCAUAUGCUGCAUCUAGGGGUGGUUAUGAUGAUGGGGGUGCUUUAGCUGAUUUCUAUGGUAGUGGUUUGGGAUAUGAUGAUCACACUUGGCGUUCUUCGAAUCCUGAGCAGAAUUCAACUGGUUCUCUUGGUUAUGGACUAGGCAAUGGACCCUCUGACAUGUCACCUCAAAGUUCUGCAGGUUACGUUGGUAGUUAUGGAGUUGGUAAAAGACAACCAAACAGAGGAAUUGACGGCUAGGAGAAUAUCGCAAACCAAGGCUGUUAUAGUAGGUGAAACUAUUUUUGUCGAAGUUGAAUCAUGAUUUUUGAAUAUUUCCACAAUUAUAUGAAAGCUGAGAAGUUAAAGAAUUGGACUUCCUUUUGUAGGGCACUUGGAGUGUCUGUUUUUUGAAGGUCUAGAUAUAGAACUUUGCAAAACACUUUGUUUUAAAAGGAUAUUUUUUGGAGUUAUGUUUUAGAAAUUCCUCUUUUUUUUUCCCCUUCAAGUGAGGUGUAAAAUCUUAUUGCAGCUGCAGCAAUACAUGCAAAGGAAAUAGACUUUUUUUUUUUUUCACAAAUUUUUUAUAUUCCCUGUUUUUGCUGUAAUAUAGCUGCACAUUUGCAGUUUCUUGUCUGCUAUCUUUUGAUUUGUAGUUCCCUUAAAACAGGAGUUUCCUUUUCAUUUGAUUGUAUGUGAGGUUGAUUUAGUAUGAAAUAUGCAUACUGAGUAAA